GAGACCCAUUGGGGACAGAGGCACUGCAUUUGCACACCCUGUGUGCCUUCUGCUGCUAGCAGGCACCACUGGAACAGAGGUUCUUGUCUUCCUGUAAGAGAGAAGUCAGACGUGAGGCAGAAGUAGUGAGGUGUAGUGGGGUAGGACAUCCGUCAGCACUGGUGGGCCCUGCUCAGGGUGGAUCUGAGAGGCAGACAGGGAGUGAGAGCAGCCACUCAGACCACGGAGAGCAAGGUCACAGCUUGAUGGAGCAUGUGGACCUGACGGGCCAGGCAGCCAGGCUGGCAGCUCAGGAAGGCACCAAGCUCACAGGGAGCACUGGGGCUGCAGCUUAGCUGUGAACAGAGAUGCAGAUCUUGCUGCCAGGGUUCCUGACAGGGUCCCCUUAGUGUGGGUGCUGUAAGCCAGCAGGCACAGGAACCCUCCUUCCCAGCUCCCGGCUAAUGCCAUGCCAUCUCCCUCCAGCCAAGGAACGUUGUCACCUCUACUGCGAGUCCAAGGAGACCGGGGAGGUGGUGUCCAUGAAGCGCAUGGUGCACGACGGCACACGCUGCUCCUACAAGGACGCCUUCAGCCUUUGCGUGCGCGGGGACUGCAGGAAGGUGGGCUGUGAUGGGGUGAUCGGCUCCAGCAAGCAGGAGGACAAGUGUGGUGUGUGCGGAGGAGACAACACCUGGUGCAAGGUGGUUAAGGGCACGUUCACACGCUCCCCCAAGAGGCACGGCUACAUCAAGAUGUUUGAGAUCCCUGCGGGAGCCAGGCACCUGCUCAUCCAGGAGGCAGACGCCACCAGCCACCACCUGGGUGAGUCUCGGGUUCUAGACAGCUCAGCCUGUGGAGGAAGCAAAGUGUGGGGACCAGCUGAGUGGUGCAUCGCAGACCCAGGCAGCCCUGCUCACCUGCUGGCCCAGAAUUCCUGGAGCCUCUGCCUUCAAUGA